UCAAAAAUACUCAACAGAAACUUCAUCUUCUUCAACAAGAACAAAUUCAAAAUUUGAAAAUCUCAGAGAGAAAACAAUGGCGUCGAAAUCGAGCAUGAAAGGUUUCUACAAGCAGCAGAAGAAGAGUGGUGGCAUCACAAAACCAUCGAAAUCAAAAUCCACUAAACCAAAAAAUGCUGCAGCUAUUGGUUCUAAUGUUACUCAGCCUCCAGCCCUCAUCUCCCAUGGCUCUCUUGAUUUGAAAGAUAGUUAUGAUCAGAAUGAGGAAGUGUUGAGGCAAUUCGAUAUGAAUAUGGUUUAUGGGCCAUGCCUUGGAAUGAACAGACUGGACAGGUGGGAGCGUGCCAAGAAACUUGGAAUGAACCCUCCAACAGACGUGGAGCGCCUUUUAAGGUCUAACAAAGUUCGCAAUGAGUGCCUGUGGGAUGGUCGCGUUUAGCCCCCUUCUGCAUUAUUCCCAUCUUUUGGUUUACAUCUAGUUCCAUGGCCUCUUCGUUUUCGUUUUCUUCUUUUGGGGGUUUGGGGGAAGGUAUCAUAUGUACAACAAGAUGUACAGCAGCUGGCUGUACUAUGUAUCUUUAGAGACAUGCUCUACUUGACUGUAAUUUUAAUGUUAUUUGCCCUUUAGUUUUCUGUUUUU